GUAGCAGCGACGGGGAACCAAAAGCUUCCUUCUCGCUGCCAUCGCGCUCCAAAAUUCGUGCUUGAAUUCUUCUGCAAUCGGUGCGAACGACUCCAAGAUUGCGUCUUGACUGGGUUUUCGGUCUGAUCCUGUGGGUUUAGGCGUGUUUGUUGUUGAUCCAUUUCCGUCGGAUUUUUGUGAUUCGAUGUCGUCCUCCGGUGCCCUGGGGGAGGUGGAUUUCGAGGGGUUUCGGACGCUCUGUCGGGCGCCGGCGGUGGAGGUGGCAGAGAAGGAGGAGGAAGGGAUUGACCACUUCGACCGGUUGCCGGACUCGGUGCUGCUUGUGAUCUUCAACCGAAUCGGCGAUGUCAAGGUUCUGGGGCGGUGCUGCGUCGUCUCGCGCCGCUUCCACGCCCUCGCCCUCCUCGUCGACGACGUCGUCGUCCGCGUCGACUGCGUCAUCUCCGACGACCCGUCCUCCUCCCCCGGCGCGGCCGGCGGCUCCGUGUCCGACAAACCCCGCGGCGUCUUCUCCCACCUCGCCCGCCUCGUCCUCGGCGGCCUCGUCAAGCCCCUUCAGGCCCUCAGCCAAAUCCUUUCCGCCUCCUCCUGUACGGAUGCCACCGCCGUCUCCGCUGCCGCCAGGAAGUCCGCCUCGGCGUCCCCGUCCGAGGCCUCUCACCAUUCCCCGACGGAGGUCUUGAAGAACUUUAAGGAAGUCCGACGGCUCCGCAUCGAGCUCCCCGACGGCGAGCUCGAUGUCGACGGCGGCGUCCUCCUGAAAUGGAGGGCGGACUUCGGGUCCUCCAUCGAAAGCUGCGUCAUCCUCGGCGCCUCCUCGUCUUCGAUACCCCCCAGAUCGCCAGACCCUGAACCAAAUCCUAGUUUCCAGGACGCUUGUGGUGUUGAUGACUGCGGGAGCAUCCCGGACUCCUUCUACACCGAUGGGAGCUUGAAGCGCAGGGUGGUGUGGACUAUCAGCUCACUGGUCGCCGCUUCGGCGCGGCAUUACCUUCUCCAUCCGAUCGUGGCCAACCACGAGACAUUAGAGAGCUUAGAUCUGACGGAUGCUGAUGGGCAGGGGGUGCUGACAAUGGACCGGCGGCAGCUGCAAGAACUACGGACGAAGCCGGUGACGGCUUCGGGGAGCUCACAACGGACCCUUUUGCCGGCGCUAAGCAUGCGCCUGUGGUACGCCCACCAGCUGGAGCUGCCCGGCGGGAUGGUGUUGAAGGGCGCGACUUUGUUGGCUAUCAGACCAAGUGAGGAGCGGACGAGGGAGGCAGUCGGCGGUGCUGGUGGAUCCUUUGGGUUCUCGGAUGGCUACUGGGUCUCAGAUGCAUUCGAAGAGCCAUACCGGACGGCGGCUACGAUGCUAAUGAAGAGGAGGACUUACAGCCUUGAGAUGAAUUCCUUCUGAGCUCGAAGAAACUAUCACAAAAUUGAACCUUUAGAGGAUUAAUGGAUUAUGAUGUGUCCAAGACGAAGGGAAUUAAGAUACACUAAAGGUGACGACAACAACGGUUCCCGAGUAUGGGCUCUUCCUAUGAGGGUAACUUGUCAACUCACCUCCUAAUCCAAUGACCGUACAUCACAAAUGUUGAGCUGGAAUGCGAGAUGCCUUCAUCAAGUGUUACAGAGCAUGUUUCUCUCAUCUAAGCUUGUUCCAUGAGUAAAAUUACAAGAUUAGUUGAGACACUUAUUAUCAUCAUUUGUAAAUCUUCACCUUAGCCUGUAAAUUCCUUAGAUGCUGUAUGGUCGAUUGUAACAUCCAAUAAUGGAUUUGUUGUAAUUCCACUCUGAUUGCUACUAAUCAAACACUCUGAUUGCUCCCUAA